AUAACUUAUAAGGCUAGAAAGCAGAUAUAUAUAAUAGUUUGGGUAUCCUUUUGGGGUAAAGGGAAGAGGUAUUCUCUCUUUAUUCUAUUCCGGGACUUUGAAUCGGCCAAGUUUGGGUAUACCGCAAACUCCUAUAUUAAAGUCCUUGAGAAUAGGCUCCUAGAUAGCUACUAUAACGGCCUUAUUUUUAUAUAA